GUUAUUUCCUAGCGGCCAAUUUUAGUAUGGAACUUCUGUGGCAGGGGCCAACAUUUACGCAUUUACAACAACUUCCAAGGUUAUUUCACCUUCAAUUUCGCUCGUAGUGAAUGUUGAUAUGCCUGAUGGACCAGCGUCUAAAUAGGGAACCGCCGCCAUCCGCAAAAUGGCCACCGCGCAGACUCCUUCCGGUCGAAGAAAACGAAGUCGUCCUGACGAUGAGCCGGACUCGUCGCCAGCAGUUACACCAAGCAUAACCGCCGCCGUCAAGAGGCGCCGUCUUAAUAACUUUUCAAAUCAGUCACCCUCUACACCGAGAGGCUUUUCUGCUAUUACUUCUGCAAUUGGAAACGCGCUUGGAUUGGGCCGAAGAGGAGGUUCGAAGAAUAACACCGAAACCGACCAGACAACCGCGACUAAUGGUACCGCUUACGAUGUACCUAAAUCCUCCACUAAUAAAAAGCCAGUCAAAUCCUUACAAGACCUCCCUAUCAAGCACAAGAAGCUUGGCCUUCCCCAAUCGAGGGCGAACCAACGGCCUCCUAGCAGCGUAUACGAUGUGCCUGUUUCCGAUGAUGAGGUAGAGCGUGGACGAGAGGAAACAAGCACAAGCCAGGAUGAGCUUCAGGCUACGCCGACUGGAAGGAAGGGUAUUAAGGCAAUAUCAACCGCUUCUUCAAGAAAGAGUGUAACUACGCGGUUAUUAGAAUCGCGGAAAAAGAAAGCAGCCCCCCCAGUUCAGAGUGAACCCGAUCAAGGCACGCCAAAAAGAAGGGGUAGACCGGGCAGACCUGCCGCUAAGAAACAAGACAAGCUUGAUGUAUCCACGACUAGCUUCAAGCUGACUAGGACUGAACUUCCAACACGUGGUGUAGACCCGGGUAUCAAAGGGAUACUAUCGCCACAGAAGAAAAAGCCUGGUCGACCUCGGAAGAAUGUGGUAUUUUCUGAAGGAGACAGUGGGAAGGAGAACGAUAUUUUCUUCGAGGACAUAUCGACGAAGCCUACUAAAUCAGGAAGACAGGGGAAGACCUCGGGUAUUGUAAAUGAUAUUACGCUGCCUUCCGCUGAUGAAGAGGAUGAUGUUCAAGAUGAUGAAGAUGACGAAGUAUGCGCCAUAUGCUCGAAGCCAGACUCGGAGCCGCCGAACGAGAUCAUAUUUUGCGAGAAUUGUGAUAUGGCAGUUCACCAAAAAUGUUACGACGUACCGGUCAUCCCAGAAGGCGACUGGAUUUGCAGAAGUUGUUCUCAAGACGAUGUUCUAUCGGGCCCAAAAGCGACCCCGAAGAAACAGAUACAUGUGACGAAAGCGUCCGAGAUUCCUAGCAUUCCGAAUUUCGAGCAGCAUUUACGACAUAUGCAGCGUGUGCUGCUUGACCGUUGUUCCGGGAGCCGUCGCAUAAAGCUUUGUGGCCAGGCUGAAGCUUAUGACAAGGCGUAUCAACUAGUUGAACAGACGGUCUUGGCUGGUGAGGGAAAUUCGAUGAUGGUAAUCGGUGCAAGAGGUUGUGGCAAGACUACGUUGAUGGAGGAGAUUAUCUCAAAUCUUCGAGCCGAGCAUCAAGAAGAAUUCCAUGUGGUUCGCCUCAAUGGGUUUAUUCAUACGGAUGAUAAGUUGGCUCUUAAGGAGAUCUGGCGCCAACUCGGCAAGGAGAUGGAUCUCGAGGAUGAUUUAGUGAACAAGACAAACAAUUAUGCCGAUACGAUGGCUUCACUGUUAGCGCUUCUGUCCCAUCCGGCGGAAAUCAUGGGGGCUGAGGAUGGUGUAACAUCUAAGUCCGUCGUCUUUAUUAUCGACGAGUUCGACUUGUUCGCGACGCAUGCUCGCCAGACUCUACUAUACAACUUAUUUGACAUCGCCCAAGCGAGAAAAGCGCCGAUUGCGGUGCUAGGGUUAACCACGAGGAUAGAUGUCGUGGAAAGUUUGGAGAAGAGAGUGAAGAGUCGAUUCAGUCACCGAUACGUUUACAUGUCGCUUCCGAAGACGUUAGCGUCUUAUUGGGACAUCUGCAAGCAAGGACUUUGUGUCGAUGAAGAGGAUCUUCGUCACGAAGGGUUCGACCUCAGUCUGCAAGGGAUUUACAAGUUCCGAGAUUAUUGGGACAAGAAGAUCGAGACCCUACGUAAGACUCCAGCCUUCGAAGAUCACCUUGAAUAUCACUAUUAUACGACAAAAUCUGUGCCGACAUUUCUCACAUCUUGCAUUCUACCCCUAUCGAUGAUUUCGGCAUCCUCGUUAGAUCUGGCAAUACAGUCGAACCCGGUGGGCUGCGUCUCCCUAGAACCUUCGGGGUCAAGCCUCCAUCUUCUAGCAACGCUGUCAGACCUCGAGUUAGCACUGCUCAUUUCAGCGGCCCGGCUAGACAUUGUUGCUCAUACUGAUACCGUCAAUUUUGCGAUGGCGUAUGACGAAUAUAGCUCUCAGAUGGGUAAGCAACGAGUGCAGUCGGCUUCGUCCGGUAUAUUGGCGCUAGGGGCUGGCGCAAGGACAUGGGGUCGGGGCGUGGCUGUUGUAGCGUGGGAGCGUUUAGUGUCUCUUGGUAUACUAAUUCCAGCCGGUAUUGGCGGCCGGAGCAAUGCUCUGCACGCCGGUCUAGAGGGCAAGAUGUGGAAACUGGAUGUUGCACUGGAUGAGAUUCCUACGGCUUGCGAGCUGCCGGGGUUUCUAUCCCGAUGGUGCAGCCAGAUCUAACUUAUUAUAGAUCCAUUGACACCUGCAUAUGCCGUCGCGGGACUCGCAUGGAUAUGAAUAAAUGCACACAACCGUUAUCUAGGCCAUCCUAGGCUUUGCUCAGCCAGCCGGAUUCAAAGACAUCCGCCAGCUCUAGCCAGCCACCAGACUAAGUCCCAGGUUAAAAAUACAUAGAUAUUUUCGUGCAGACUAUUAAGCACGAGCCAGAGCACGAGCACGGACUGAUUGCGCUUGCAACGUCGGUAAGACAGACAUCGUUUUCCCCAUUGUUUCCUCAAUUGCGCCAGCAUUGAUAGGGUACGAGGGAGCCAACCACGAUAUCCUUCUAAGGGGUAGCGCAUAUUUUCCCCGUAAGCCGUUCUAUUUUGGGCUCCUGAUCAAGCCCAAAAAUCAAUACCACAGCCUCGUCAUGCAGGGAGAGGUGGCCAGAAACGCCAACGAUGCUUUCAACCCCGUUGAUCGCCCGACGAAUGCGACCAAUCGUGUAAGAGUUUUGUUUCUACUU